GGCGAAAAAAUAAUCUUGGCCAGGAGAAAUAGUUUCCGCGACGGCCUCGUGCGGCCACACACAGAAACGGACGCGCCCUUAUCCCAUCGUACCCGCCACACGGCGCGCCGCCAGUGGCCCCGCGGAUGCGGCCUCAUCUCCCCCGGCCGCCCCCGCGCGCGGUUUAGAUUUCCCUGGGGGCCCCUCUCGCCGCGCCGUCACAUAAUUCUCCGCGCGCUCUUCUUCUGCGCCCCUCUCCUCCCGAACAGCAGAUACCACACAAGCAGCGGCAGCGAGUGAUCCAUGGCGGCCCAGGCUCUCCUCUCCGGGCGGCAGCUGCUCGGCCGCCCCGUGCAGUCGGCCGUGUCCCGGUCCUCGUCGGCCAGGAAGGCGCCCUUCGUCGUCAGGGCCAGCUCCAGCCCGCCGGCCAAGCAAGGCGCCGACAGGCAGCUGUGGUUCGCGUCCAAGCAGUCCCUCUCCUACCUCGAUGGCACGCUGCCCGGCGACUACGGGUUCGACCCGCUGGGGCUGUCGGACCCGGAGGGCACCGGGGGGUUCAUCGAGCCCAAGUGGCUGGCCUACGGCGAGGUGAUCAACGGCCGGUUCGCCAUGCUGGGCGCGGCGGGCGCCAUCGCCCCGGAGGUCUUCGGCAAGCUGGGCAUCAUCCCGGCGGAGACCGCGCUGCCGUGGUUCAAGACGGGCGUGAUCCCGCCCGCGGGCACCUACAACUACUGGGCCGACUCGUACACGCUCUUCGUCUUCAACAUGGCGCUCAUGGGCUUCGCGGAGCACCGCCGCCUCCAGGACUGGUACAACCCGGGCUCCAUGGGCAAACAGUACUUCCUCGGCCUCGAGAAGUUCCUCGGCGGCUCCGGCGACCCCUCCUACCCCGGGGGCCCGCUCUUCAACCCGCUCGGCUUCGGCAAGACGGAGAAGGAGAUGAAGGAGCUCAAGCUCAAGGAGAUCAAGAACGGCAGGCUCGCCAUGCUCGCCAUCCUCGGCUACUUCAUCCAGGGGCUCGUCACCGGCGUCGGCCCCUUCCAGAACCUGCUCGACCACCUCGCCGACCCCGUCAACAACAACGUGCUCACCAGCCUCAAGUUCCACUAGAGAUGCCGCCGGCCGCCGCCUGUUGUUGUAGUGGGAGCGAGAGAGGUGAUCGUCGAUGUGUGUUCGUCAUGUGCUGGCUGAUGGGAAGGAUUAUUCCGAGGCGCUGCAUGAUCCGUCCAUUGCCCGGCCUGCUCGCUGCUCGUAACGAAUUAGUAAUCCAUCCAUCCUGUUAAUUCAGACCCAGGAACUGUACUACUGCACAUGGUAAAUCAAUGUACAAUUCCGAUCGACUCCAGUGUCAUUAUAUAUGUUGAGCGACGACGGCGUCCAUUUCAUCUUA